UUCCGGAAAGAUGUUAGUGGGAAAACGAAAUAUACAAUAAGGCUUGUGAAUCAAGCAAAUUUAAAAAAACACAUGCAAUACAGUACGAUUCAAAAUCUUUCGUUUUAAAGAAUAACAGUUAAACUGUUUUAAAAGCGUAGCUACUUAAUUAUGAUUUUAGGAAAUCGAUGAUUUCAAUCUGUGGCUCUUUAAAUCGAUUGUGUAAGUAAAACCUUUAAACGGAUGUUUAAAAUCCUGAUGACACUUAGCUUACAACCAGGAAGUUUCGUAAAAAUGGAGAAUUUGAUCUUUGUGUUCCAAGUUAUUUCUUUUCUUCUGAUUCUAUCUCCGACUGUGGAAUGCCAAUGCGAGAACGGCAAAGGGACAGAAGGAAAGACAGAGUGUAUAUCAUCAGUGUUUUUCGGAGAUUCGAACUAUGAGCCUGCGGUGUGCCUUAAGAGAUCAACCAUCAAAAGUCUAACCAACAAAAUUACAUGUCGCGACCCGAACACAAAUUACUGUUGGCAUCAAUGUUCUGCGACCUCCGGUAUGGGAGUCCAUGGAACAAAUCUUUGUCAAUGUGACCCCCAAAAAGAAAUAAAACCACGUGAUUCUUUGGUUCCAAUAAAAUGUUACAUCCCUGCAGGAACUGAUUGCUCGUGGUAUAAAGAAUGCCUCGAAACCAGGAUAGCGUGUGAGUCUACCAACGAAAGGUAUGCGAUAACUUAUGCAGAAAAGUAUUGCAAGCUCUAUGACGACAGAUAUGCUAGAUUCUCUGAUAAGGGAAAGGUAUGGAUUGAUGCCGUGAGGAAGUGUCUGCAAGAAAGUUUAGCUUAUGUUAUGUAUCCCCAAUCGGAUGUGACAUGCCAAAGUGUAAAAGAAACUGCCUUCUUGUCCCAUAUAAAUUGUUAUAAAAACCCUGAACCUGGUAUUAGCUUCUGUGAUCUGAGUCUAAGCGAUCAAUUACGCGUGUUUUGGACAAUCAAGGGUGCUUUAUUGGAAGAAUUUACGAAGACUGUUUCGUCUGGAUGGUCGGUUUUUAAAACUUGUUUUUCAAGUUCCUAUCCUAAGAAAACGGAACGAAUCAUUCAGCUGGAAAUCGAGCCUCCCAAGACUAAACUCACCGAAAAAAACGUAGAAGAUAUUAGCGUGAGACUAGCCUAUGUCUUGGGGUGGCCGACAGAUAUAAUGUUUUCAUCUUCCAGUUCAAAACUUAGUAACCCUAGCUCAAUUCCCGUCAAUAUUGUCAUUUCUUCCAAGACCUACAAUAAUGCAUAUGUCAAUGAAGCUGUGAAUAGUGUGAUUGAACGUGGGUUAAGUAACACACUUGUUGCGCUAGCGUUGGAGGGUGGAAGAACCUUGAAAAUUCAGGGCAUCAAAGGCUGUAACGAUCCUUCUUGCUCUUCCACUUCGUUUGCCUUCAGGACAUCUAAAUUUAGAAAAGGUAUGUGCGCAUGCGUGUCGAACGUCAACAAUGCUGUCAAUGGUCGUAAGCAAGCUAGCACCACUGCUGGUAUUGGUGGGCGACUUAGGAAGGGUUCCUGCUACAAAAUUGUUGACGGUCCAUUCAAAAGUGACAAAUACAUCUGGUAUCAACUAACACAUCGCUGUUGGAAUGAGAAUCUUUGGGUUGCGGAUUCGUAUAUCAGCCAAUCGGAUGCUUCCCUUUGUGAUGAUCCAGUCUGUUCCACUCGAUCCAAAGAGUUAGCCUGUGAUAUUCUGAACAACGCCAACAUUAUAUUGAGGACGGACCAUCCCUCGAAAAAGGUCGAUUCUGCGUAUGCUAAUAAGAAUAUGGAGGAUACUUGUAACGGGCGUGCUGCUUGCAGAUCAAUGUACACUUGUAGUGAAUGUUCUUAUCCGGGAGCCCCUGGAGGAGACGUGUGCUUGGAAGAGAAGUUACUUAAUUUCAUUAAUGAACUUGGAAAGGAAAAAAAUAUCUUUGUGAGCUCCAUAGCUGGCGCCUGUCACUCCUGUACAUCCAAACAUUACCUUGGCCUUGCCGUUGACUUAAGUCGCAGAUCUGAUGACUACAACUAUUACAUGCAGAAGUGUACAAAUAUGUCGGGCAAACCCCUCAACGAAGGGUCUCAUGUUCACUGUCAAUUUUGAGUAAAAAAGUCACUAAACGCAUUUUGUGAUAAACAUGAAUUACUACUUCUUCUUUUGCACCAUGAGGAUAUCUUUAGAUCUGAAAUGCAAAGUGUGUUUUUUCCAUUCUGUGUAAGAAUUGUAGACAUUUCAUACUUUAAAAAUAUGAAUGCCUUAUUUCUUUUUGAUGAGUCUAUAUUGAACAUCAUCAGUUGUUAUUUUUAAAAUGUCACAACGUGGUGACUUUAUAACGGGUUGUUUAGUAGUGCCUCAAUUACACAAUUUAAAAGUGAUGUAUUUUUAUUCUAUUCCAUCACAAAAUUGUGAUAUCAAUGGGUAUACAUUGUAUUUUUUAAAAAUUGUCUGUAGUGUUUUGUGUUAGUUCGGUUAUAUUAAAAUUAGGCAAAAAAAGAACACCGGAAGACGAGUUUGAAUUUGGCAGGGUCUCUGUUUGAUUUUGAUUUUAUGCUUGUAUUUAUUAUCUAUACCGUGUUAAAGUAUAAAUUAUUCUUUUCUUAGUUUUCUUUCACUUCAUGUAAUAAAUAUUGUGUCAUCGUAGCCUUUCAUACUUGUAAACAGAACUGUAUAACAUCAUAAAAGUGCUGACUAAAUGUCUGAUUGAAUAAAGCCAAUAAAACGAAA